ACAGAAAUUGAAAAAAAAUCCUAUUUAUAUUGAAAGUUUUUUUAAGAUUUUGUUAAUUUGCUUCAACUUUCCGCAUAAAAAUGUCGGCUCCUUUGGAAAAUCUGGAAACCCAAUUGGAGAUGUUUAUAGAAAAUGUGAGGCAAAUACGCAUUAUCGUGAGUGACUUUCAGCCACAGGGACAAAAUGUUUUAAAUCAAAAAAUCCAAGGUUUGGUUACCGGCCUGCAGGAAAUCAACAAAUUAAAAAAUCAAGUUCAAGACAUUUAUGUACCGUUUGAAGUUUUCGAUUACAUUGACCAGGACAAGAACCCCCAGUUGUAUACCAAGGAUUGUGUGGAAAAAGCAUUGGCUAAGAAUGAAGAGGUCAAGGGUAAAAUUGAUGGUUAUCGUAAAUUUAAAGCCAAUAUGCUGUUGGAAUUGUUUAAAACAUUUCCCAAUGAAAUGAAUAUGUAUAGGGCCUAUCGCCCGGAUUCUUUAAAUUGAAAUUAUGUUCAAACGUCCUCACCCAAAAUAAUUGAUGUGCUAAAGAACUGAAUACAAAAUUUAUUUUUAGAAUUAAGUUUCAAAUUAUUUCAAUAAAUCAAGAAAAAUUAAC